GUUAGAAGGAGGAGGCGGUUGGCUGAAUCAACCGAAAGACAGAUAGAUAGAGUGUUAGAUUAGAUUAGAAACAGGACCACAAAAACAGAAUCCAAAGAAACUGUUACUACCUUUUUUUCUCUUUCUUGAAACAAAACUAGUUACUGUUUUUGUUGCAUGAAUGAACUGAAUUCUUUAAUCUAAUCCUCAAAAUGGAAACCUUACCUUUGGAAAUCUGUAUGAAGAUAUUCUGUUUCUUAGACCACACCCAUCUUGCUGUUUCUCAACAAGUCUGUAGGAAGUGGAAGCUCAUGGCCUCAGACAAUGCUCUAUGGUCAAACCUUUUUAAGGAGAGAUGGGGAGGAGAUCAUGCUGCUUUUUAUGCUCCUCUUGGUUCAAAAUCAUGGAAAGAAGUAUAUGAGGCGCAAGAUCGAUGCGAUCGAGUUGGAUUGGGUUUGAAGAUUGUUAGAGAAGGAAGUGACUACUAUCUUGUUCACCAAGGCGAGGUACAACGAUAUCUAGGUUCAAGAAAAUAUCGGCGACAACUAUCUGGUCAUACUUCUAGUUCAGAAACGGACUUCACUGGAGAAAGCUCUGUAGCUGAAGAGAGAUCAUGUCGAGGAAUUUUGGACAAAAUUCUUUUUUUCAUUGGGGAUUUGGAAGCUGCUUCUGUUGAUGCCAAACGCAGCCGUGUGAUAUAACCAUCUCUACCAUUCAACCCAAUAGUGAAGUUCACAGUGGAACUUCUUUGUAUGUAAGCAUUAUUUAUGUAUAUGCUUGUUUAAUAAAAUAUGUAUUGAUAAUUUGAUAGCGUAAAAAUGUUUAACACAAACAUUCUGUGUUCAGUGAUAUCUUACUACAAUAUUGGUCAUAUGUAUGUAUAAAAAAUUGUGGUAUUAGUGCUUCGUAAUUAAAUUGUAUAUUCAGUUAUUUUGCAGAAUUUAAAUUGUAUUGCAGACAAGGAUCACACAAAUGACAAGUAGUGUUUAUGCUGUCAUAAAGUUAUACUUGUAGACCA